UUGCAAGGAAAGAAAGUUGGAAAAACAUCUUGUCUUUUCCUUAACACUUUUCUUCGAUCUUUAUGGGAAACAACAUGAGGUCAAGGGAAAAUGGGAAGGUGAAUUCAUGUUGACAUACAGUCGGGAACAAAAGUUUACAUACGCUUGUCAAGACCAUAAAAAUCAUUACAGUCUUGAGUUUCUAAUUAUGCCUAUAACUUCAAAUUUUCUGUCAUGGAAUCAUUGAAACACAUCUUGGCUAAAAAAAACAAUCAUGCAAUUUGGUUAUUUCAUAGAUUUAUUACAGGUCUUCCGAAAAGAUGGCAAGAGCUUCUGGGUCAAACGUAUACAUACAGCAAUGCUAAUAUUUGGUCGUCAUCACAUGAACUAGAUGCUCUGCAAGCUUCUGGUUGUAUCUUUGAUCACUCCUGACAGAAUCGGUACAAUUCGAAAACCAAACGCUACACAUCAAAAAUACGGCAUCCCCAUUGUAAGCAUGGUGGUGGCAGCAUCAUGAUGUGAAGAUGCUUCUCAGCAGCAGGUCCUGGAAGGCUUGUAAAGCUAAAGGGUAAACUGAAUGUAGUGACAUACUGGAGGACAACUUUAUUGACUCUGCAAGAGAACUGUGACUUGGGAGAAGAUUUGUUUUUCCAACAAGACAAACCAAAGCAUACAGAAGUCGUUGAAAGACCAGUUUGAAAGUUCUGGAGUCAGAACUCAGACCUCUGAGAAUUUGUGACUGGACUUGAAAAGCACUGUUCAGUUACAAUCCACAUGAAACCUGACAGUUUUGCAAAUAAAUAUGUGGUGAAAGGCUGGUUGAGACCUAUCCAGAUGGGCGAAUUGCUGUGAUUGUGGCCAAAUACAAGGGGGUCAACACUGCAGUCACUUAUUCCAAGUUUUAUAUUUUUAAUUAAUUGAUAUUACUUUGUAAAGAUCUGUUUUCACUCUGACAUCAGAGUCUCUUUGUCAAUUCUUGGCAGGGAAAAAAGCCUAAUUAAAUUGAACAUGAUUUAAUGUUGAAAAGCAAUAAAAGGAGGCUGAAUGCUUUAGAGUUGCUGUGAAAGAGAAAAGGAGCAAAUCCUCACUUUUAGUGAGCCGGAACCAAACAAUUUUGUAGUAUUGAAAGGAGAUGAUGCAAAAGAUAAUCAUUUGGCAAUGAUCUCGAUUAAUGCAGUGUAUGACCAUGAUGACAGCAGCCUUUCCUGACUAUGUCACUGUCAUUAGUGAUCAACAGCCUACACAUGGCAGUUCACCCCUCCAUUCCACAGGGUUGGCAAUCUCACACUCAUAGCAGUAAACCACUUUUAUCCUGCUGGUGUUUACUAGAAGCCUCCAGCCCCUCCCUCCCUCUCUGGCAGCAUGUCACCACUAUCUUUAAGUGGACAUCAUCUGGGUAUGUGGGGGUGACCACAGGGCAGAGGUUGUCUGGAGACGUGAGCUGUCGUACUGGCUUGUGAUGGGGGCGAUGGGAAGGCUACUCAUCUUCCAAAUCCAAGCACUGCACCGGUGAGGUGUCACUUCCCUAAAAUAGCCCCACGGAGAGUAUAAAGAGGGUAGCAGGGAGGUUGGGUCUUCAGACGAACAUCUCCACUGCUGCUGCACAGCAAGAGAGACACACUGAGAAGGACUUUUUCUUGAGACUCGAAGGGAGUCAAACUCGUCGGAUUUGAAAACCAGCUAAGGAGAAUCUCCAAGAUGAAGUACUACCAAUGCCCUGUAUCCCAAACCCUGGGAGUCAACACUUACUCUGAGGACUGUGGUGUCCCGGUUAACUGCAGAGGUUCAGCCUCUCUCAAGCCGAUCCGGAGCGUCCAUUUCCCCAAUGACAUUGUUUUCCAGGACUACGUUCGCCAAGGAGAGCUAGAGAGGAUUGGGCGCUUCAUCCGAGCCAACAGAGUCAAGCUUGACACCAUUUACCACUCUGGCAUGGCUGCAAUCCAUGAGGCUGUUCUGUCCGGAAACUUGGAGUGUGUGAAGCUUCUUGUUCACUAUGGGGCCGAUAUCCACCAGAGGGACGAGGAGGGAUGGACUCCACUACACAUGGCCUGCAGCGACAGCUUCCCACACAUUGCACGCUACCUCCUCUCACUGGGUGCUGACCCCGAGCUGGAGAACGACUGUGGGGAGAAACCGGCCGACCUCAUUGAGCCCGACAACAAGGAGCUACUGGAGAUCUUUGGGCUGGCGGUCAAUGACUGAAUGCCUAAAGUCUCAAACUCAUCUUGAAAGCUGCUGCACAGUCGUCCGUUGUGCAGGAAAGGCCGCGUCAAGUCCAGGAUCCCGAAUUUGCCUCAGUUCUGCAGGUCGAGGAGUGUGGAUGUCUGGCGGAAGAAGGGCUGACGGAGCCUUCGGGCUGCCUUCUCAGUGAAUGUCUUCUGUUCGGGGCUGGUUUCCUGUCAGAGCUUCAAAUCUUUUCACACCAGUGUGAACUGAACAGUUUUUUUUUUGGCUGGAAUCAUGAAGGCUUUUGAACUUUGUGAAACCUGAAGCUUAUGCUGCCGCUUGGCUAAUUAGCACCUCUCACAGCUAUGUAUGCUAAAGUUAGCAAAAGCAAACAUGCCUUAAUAGCAGAUUUGUUUACAUUUGAUUGAGUUAUAAAUCCAGUGAUUGUCUUUUUCUAUUUUGCCUUUUAAUCAUUUAAUCAAA